GUUUUUCCCUCUUUUGAUCAAUGAAUUGCAGAGCACCUCCCCACCUACGCGCUUUCUUCCUUUUCCAUUGCUCUCCGUCUUUCCACAGUCCCCGCAAUCUCUCGUUCUCUCUCUCUUCUUGAUCCUCUCUCCCUCUGUCUACUGGCUGUUCAGGAGAACUGAAGCGCAGUGUUUUUUUCUUUUGCUAAAUUGCUUGGAAGUGUUCUUUUUGGGGGGGAAAUGAGUUACAUCGGAAUUCUGAGUUGGCCCUAAGGAUGAUCACGCGCGCGCACGCAGACUCACACACAGACACAUGUUCAUAUGCAGGUAUUGUGAGAGCAAAAUCUAGAAGGACAGUUUCUGCAGCAAAGUCAUAUUCGUUAUCCACCAUGGCACCUCAGGAUCUACAGAGUGCUGGGAGUGUUAAGCAGCAAAUAGCAAAGCUGUUUGAAGAGUCGCUGAGGACUACUGUUCCUGAUGAGGGAGACGUAGAGCCUGCAAUUGCUCCCUGCCAAAAUCCUAAAUUUGGUGACUACCAAUGCAAUAAUGCCAUGGGCUUAUGGUCAAGAGUUAAAGGCAAGGGUACCCAAUUCAAAGGUCCCCAACUCGUUGGGCAGGCCAUUAUGAAUAAUCUUCCUCCAUCAGAAAUGAUAGAGUCCUGCACUAUAGCUGGACCUGGCUUUGUAAACAUCAUAUUAUCGAAGCAUUGGAUUGCCAAGAGUAUCCAAAAGAUGCUUGUCCAUACUAUUGAAACUUGGGCAUCUGAGAUUCCUGUUAAAAGAGCAGUGGUGGAUUUCUCUUCACCAAACAUAGCUAAAGAAAUGCAUGUUGGUAAUUUGAGGUCGACCAUUAUUGGGGACACUCUGGCCCGAAUGCUGGAGUUUUCAAAAGUUGAGGUUCUUCGCAGAAACCACGUCGGAGACUGGGGCACUCAGUUUGGCAUGUUAAUUGAGUACCUUUUUGAGAAAUUUCCUUCUGGGGAGGUUUCCGGUGAUCAAGCCAUUGGAGAUCUUCAGGCAUUCUACAAGGCCUCAAAGCAGAGAUUUGAUAGUGAUCCUGCGUUUAAGGAGAGGGCCCAAAGGGCGGUAGUCAGUCUUCAGGGUGGGGAAGAGAAGUAUAGGAAGGCAUGGGCAGAAAUCUGUGAAAUAAGCAGGAGAGGAUAUGAAAGUGUUUAUCAGCGGCUUGGAGUUCAAUUAGAGGAAAAGGGGGAGAGCUUUUACAAUCCAUAUAUCCCAAGGGUUGUGGAAUUGCUAAAUGAAAAGGGAUUAAUCGAAGAAAGUGAAGGUGCUCGUGUAAUCUUUAUCAAAGGGAAAAAGAUACCGCUUAUUGUUGUAAAGAAGGAUGGUGGCUACAACUAUGCUUCAACUGAUCUUGCGGCCUUAUGGUAUCGACUAUAUGAGGAGAAGGCAGAAUGGAUUAUAUAUGUUACUGAUGUUGGGCAACGGGAGCACUUUGAAAUGGUUUUUACUGCUGCCAAACAAGCUGGUUGGUUGCCAGCUGAAGAUAAUAAGUACCCUAAAGCUAGCCAUGUUGGUUUUGGGCUCGUUUUAGGAGAGGAUGGAAAGCGAUUUCGAACUCGCAGUACUGAGACUGUCAAAUUGGUCGAUUUACUUGAUGAAGCCAAAAAUCGAUGUAGAGAAGCCCUAGUUCAAAGAGGUAAGUCUGAAGAGUGGACUGCAGAAGAACUCGACAAAACUGCUGAGGCAGUAGGUUAUGGAGCUGUCAAAUAUGCAGAUUUGAAGAACAAUAGAUCGACCAACUACACAUUCAGUUUUGAUCAAAUGCUUAAUGACAAGGGAAAUACUGCUGUGUACUUGCUAUAUGCACAUGCUCGAAUAUGCUCAAUCAUCAGGAGAUCGGGUAAAGAUAUAGAAGAGUUGAAGAAGAUUGGAACCAUGGAGUUGGAUCAUCCGGAUGAACGGGUCUUAGGACUUCAUUUGCUCCAAUUUCUGGAGAUCGUGGAAGAGGCAUGCACCAAUCUUUUACCAAAUAUACUGUGUGAAUAUCUGUAUAAUUUGUCUGAAGACUUCACAAGAUUCUAUACCAAUUGUCAGGUUGUGGGCUCAGCAGAGGAGACGAGCAGACUGCUACUUUGUGAGGCAACAGCCAUUGUCAUGAGAAAAUGCUUCUAUUUGCUAGGAAUCACCCCUGUUUACAAAAUCUGACCUAUUAUUUUACACUAUCAUUACCAACUUACA